AUGACGAGAAAACAAAGCAUCUUCCGCAGCCCAAACGCGCUCGUCAACUUUGACAAAUCCAAGUUCAAAGACGAUGUUGUGCAAAAGCUUGGAGGUGAAGAUCAAUUUCAAUUCUUGGUCAUCUCCUUUUGCGAACGCAUCCGAGAGGAUCGUUUGCUGAAGAAGUGCUACAAGAAGCUCGAUGACAAGUCCCUCCUUGAUCUGCAAAAGGACAUGAUCCUGACAUCCUUCGUCGAUGUCUUACCAGCCGAAUACCAAACCCUUCGAGCCAAACUCAUUUUGAGGCACCAUCUCAUCUUCAAAGAAGGCGGCUUUCCCAAACAUCAAUACGAAGCUUUGGAGAAGAACUUUGAGGAUGCUAUGAGAGAAGUUUGGGUGGGACAAGAAGUCUUGGAGCUAUGCAAGGUUUACUUUGGAGCCGUUGAAUCCAUUCUCAAGGAUUCCAGCUCCAUGACUCGAGAAAACAAGAUCGAAGAUGACGCCUACGUCAACAGAUUGACUUACGGCAUGACGGGAAAGCUUCUCUUUGUCCACUAG